AUGGCUGCUGCUCCUCAUCUCAACUCCGACGCCCUCCGAGAGGUCCUGGAGUGCCCCAUUUGCAUGGAGUCCUUCACCGAGGAGCACCUGAGACCCAAGCUCCUCCACUGCGGGCACACCAUCUGCAAACAGUGCUUGGAGAAGCUGCUGGCAAACAGCAUUAACGGGAUCCGCUGCCCCUUCUGCAGCAAAAUCACACGGAUCACCAGCUUGGCUCAGCUGACUGACAAUCUCACGGUGCUGAAGAUCAUCGACACAGCUGGGCUGGGGGAAGUGGUGGGUCUUCUCAUGUGCAAGGUCUGUGGGAGGAGGCUGCCGAGACACUUCUGCAAGAGCUGUAGCUUGGUUUUGUGUGAGCCCUGCAAGGAGACGUCACACGUGCCCCAAGGGCAUCGAGUCAUCGCCAUCAAAGAGGCUGCUGAAGAGCGUAGGAGGGAAUUUGGGACAAGGCUUGCCAGACUUCGGGAGCUCAUGGGUGAUCUGCAGAAAAGAAAAGCAUCUCUCGAGGGGGUAUCGAGGGACCUGCAAUCUAGAUACAAAGCAGUUCUGCAAGAUUACAGCAAAGAAGAGCGCAAGAUCCAGGAAGAGCUGGCUAGGUCACGCAAGUUCUUCACCACCUCUCUGUCUGAAGUGGAGAAGGUAAAUAAUCAGGUGAUGGAGGAGCAAGCUUAUCUGCUGAACUUAGCAGAGGUGCAGAUAAUGUCCCGCUGUGACUAUUUCCUUGCCAAAAUAAAGCAGGGGGAUAUAGCUCUCUUGGAGGAGGCCGCAGACGAGGAGGAACCAGAACUGACAAACAGUCUCCCAAGAGAGCUGACUCUUCAGGAGGUCGAGCUCCUUAAGGUGAGCCACGUGGGACCCCUGCAGAUCGGGCAGGUGGUGAAGAAACCCCGGACAGUGAACAUGGAGGAGUCGCUGAUGGAAACCGCGGCGUCCUCGUCGGCAUCGUUCCGGGAGCCUGAGCUGGUGCAGGAGGAGGCCAGCUGCACCCCCAAUUCCUCACCGGCCAAGCCGAGGAUGCCCGAAGCAGCCACGAGCAUCCAGCAGUGUCACUUCAUCAGGAAGAUGGGCUCCAAGGGCAGCCUGCCAGGGAUGUUUAACCUCCCCGUCAGCCUCCACGUCACGCUGCAAGGCGAGGUGCUGGUGGCAGACCGGGGCAACUUCCGAAUCCAGGUUUUUACCCGCAAGGGCUUCCUGAAGGAGAUCCGCCGGAGCCCCAGCGGCAUCGACAGCUUCGUGCUGAGCUUCCUGGGGGCAGACCUGCCCAAUUUGACUCCCCUUUCCGUCACCAUGAACUGCCACGGCCUGAUCGGCGUGACCGACAGCUACGACAACUCCGUCAAGGUCUACACCAUGGACGGCCACUGCGUGGCCUGCCACAGGAGCCAGCUCAGCAAGCCCUGGGGCAUCGCCGCUCUGCCCUCGGGGCAGUUCGUGGUGACUGACGUGGAAGGAGGGAAGCUCUGGUGCUUCACGGUGGACCGUGGCGUGGGCGUCGUCAAGUACAGUUGCCUGUGCAGCGCAGUGCGCCCCAAGUUCGUCACCUGCGACGCCGAGGGCACCAUCUACUUCACUCAGGGGCUGGGGCUCAACCUGGAGAACAGGCAGUACGAGCACCACCUAGAAGGAGGCUUUUCAAUCGGCUCCGUCGGCCCGGAUGGGCAGCUGGGACGGCAGAUCAGCCACUUCUUCUCUGAGAACGAGGAUUUCAGGUGCAUUGCUGGGAUGUGUGUCGACGCCAGGGGGGAUCUCAUCGUUGCCGACAGCAGCCGGAAGGAAAUCCUGCACUUCCCAAAAGGAGGGGGCUACAACAUCUUAAUCCGGGAGGGCCUCACCUGCCCCGUCGGCAUUGCCAUUACCCCCAAAGGGCAGCUGCUGGUGCUGGACUGUUGGGAUCACUGCAUCAAGAUCUACAGUUACCACCUGAGAAGAUAUUCCACCCCUUAA